CCCGCCUCCACACCUCCCUCCGCAGCUCUAGGGCCUCCCCUCAGGGCCUCCCUGCCCGAGUCGAGGAGCUCCCUGGCCGACAUGGAUGACAGCGGCAUCAACAAGGAUCUGAGGCAGAAAUUGAACUUUUCCUGCUGUGAAGACGACAGUGAGAACGAAGGGCAGCAGGAAGCCCAGAGCCCGCAGAGGUCUGCCCUCCAGGACCCAGAAGCAAAGCGGACCCCUCCCUGGACGCCCCGCAGUCACGCCGGGGAACCCCACACAUCGCAGGACACCGCGAGUCCCCAGCGAGGUCCUAGGACCCCCGAGCUGGGCUCGCUCAAAUGUCCCGAGACGCCUGCCCCGCCGGACAAAUGGAACCAGCCGCGGCCCUGCGACAGCCCCUUCACCCCCAAGGGCCUGCCGAGUGAGUCGGUGAUUUCUUCCACAGGGAAGCUUCCCCCCAAAGGCUCCAAGCACCUACGACUCACACCUGUCCCCGUCCAGGAUGAGAUGACCUCCUUGGCGCUGGUCAACAUUAAUCCCUUCACCCCGGAGUCUUACAGAAAACUCUUCCUUCAAUCUGGUGGCAAGAGGAAAACCCGAGGCGAUCUUGAGGAAGCUGACCCCAGGGAAGGCAGGGCAGAGCAAGGGCUGCCUGCCAAGAGAUGUGUCCUACGAGAAACCAACAUGGCUUCCCGCUAUGAGAAAGAGUUCUUGGAGGUAGAAAAGAUCGGGGUCGGGCAAUUUGGGACAGUCUACAAGUGCAUCAAGAGGCUGGAUGGAUGUGUCUAUGCAAUAAAACGCUCUACGGAACCUUUUGCAGGGUUAUCAAAUGAGAGCCUGGCUCUGCAUGAAGUUUACGCCCACGCGGUGCUUGGACAUCACCCCCAUGUGGUACGCUACUAUUCCGCGUGGGCUGAAGAUGACCACAUGAUCAUUCAGAAUGAAUACUGCAAUGGUGGGAGCUUGCAGGCUGCCAUAUCUGAAAACACAAAGACAGGCGAUCACUUCCAAGAGCUGAAACUCAAGGACAUCCUUCUGCAGACCUCCCUUGGGCUCAAGUAUAUCCACAGCUCUGGCCUGGCGCACCUGGACAUCAAGCCUAGUAACAUCUUCAUUUGUCAUAAGAUGCCGAGCGACUCUCCUGCAGGCCCAGAAGAGAACGAAAAUGAAGCUGACUGGUUUCUCUCUGCCAAGGUGAUCUAUAAAAUAGGUGACUUGGGUCACGUGACAUCAAUAAGCAAACCCAAAGUGGAAGAGGGAGACAGUCGCUUCCUGGCUAAUGAGAUUCUGCAGGAGGAUUACCAGCACCUUCCCAAAGCAGACAUAUUUGCUUUGGGGUUAACAAUUGCAGUGGCUGCUGGCGCAGAGUCGUUACCCCGCAACGGGGCUGCCUGGCAUGACAUCCGAGGGGGUAACCUUCCCGACAUCCCUCAGAAGCUCUCAGAAGAAUUUUAUAGCCUGCUCAAGAACAUGAUCCACGCUGACCCAGGGGAGAGACCUUCUGCAGCAGCUCUGGCCAGAAGCCGAAUUCUCCGGCCCUCCCUGGGGAAAACGGAAGAGCUGCAGCAGCAGCUUAACCUGGAAAAGUUCAAGACAGCCACACUGGAAAGGGAGCUGAGGGAAGCCCAGCUGGCCCGGUCCCCACGGGAUGACCAUAGUGAUCCUGGGGUCUCUGGGAUCCUCACAGGAUCAAGAAGCACCAGACGCCUUGUGGGAAGAAAGAGUGCAAAGUCCUCAAGUUUUACUUGUGGCCAGUCCUCCCCAUAAGAACCCAUUUCAUACUAACCCACUCUUAAGCUAUUACUUCCAGAAAUGGAUAUUGACCAUGUCAACCAUCCUCUUAUAAAGGGAAAGAUUAACCAACUUGAAUGCCCAAAGAUUAAAAAAAUCACUCCUAAUUGAGCAUCUACAGCCAAGAUCCUCAGGCUAGUAAGGUCUCCUAUUAGCAGUGGUCUCAAGUGCAAUAACCAGUAGCCAUUCUUUUCUCUGCUGUCAUACUCCAAAUGCUGCUCUCACUGCUGGUUCACGUCUCACGUUCAUUGGUGCACAUGGACAUACAAAGGGAAGAAGCGGCCUAUGGGCCUAAUGGUUGCUGUAGCUGAUUACCUCCCCAGGACCCCAGCCACUCUGCACAUGGAAGGAACACAAUUUUGAAUUAAGGGAACAGCUUACAAGAAAUUGUUCCUGGAUCUCAACAGUGCUUCCCAGCUGAUCUGAUGGUAUUCUUAAAAGAAUCCUCAGCCACUUUAAGCAUAUGCUUUUCCUGCUGUAUUUUCAGAAUGGGGACCAUUUCUUUCUCUGCUACUGCAUUUAUUAGAAAAAUGACUUCACUGUGAUGUGAGGUGGGUAGAAAUAAGUCUUUAUAACUUGAAAUUUCUGAGCUGGCUAUUAAGUCAUGGAACAAAAACACUAGGUAGAGGGUUUGAGGGAAGUGAUCUGGUUUUUCCUCAAUCUGUUUGCACUGACCCAUUUAUUAAUAUUAAUGGUUGAUUUUGAUUUUCUGGGUGUCACCGAUUUGUCCUUGAUUUUAUCAGAAUUUGGCUUAUUUCCUGUGAUUUUAUAUUUUAUCAAAAUCCUUUUCUCUGUAUAUAUUUUUAAAGGAAUAUUUGUAAAUAAAGAUUUUUAUCUUGUCCAAAGCCAAAUAUGGGCAAGCAUCUUCUUUGUAAUCUGUGACAAACAAAGAAGGAACUGCUUAUGUAGGAAACCACUUUCUGAGUAAAAAGGUGAGAGAAUCUGGUAGGUUGAUAAGUCUUGGUGUAAGGUCCAGUUUCACGGACACAAAAUCGGGUAAUGAGCGGGUUCUUCUGUAAAAUAAUAUGGGUCAUUGAGACAUUUGAUAACUUCUAGUUGUGUCAUAUGAAUGCAGGUAGCCUGUUAGUGAUUUGUAGCCUUUUUUUCUGUCUUUCCCCCGUAAUUUUUAAAAUCAAAUUAAGACGUUCUUUUAACAAACCUCUAUUCUUUGUUCUGUCUUGGAAUAGCAGCCAUUUCCAUGCAAUUAAGUGGGGAAUAGUACUCAGGAUUGCCCAUUGCCACUAACUGCCCCCCUAUCCCAAAAAACCAAACAACUAAUCUUUUAUUAAAGGUCUGAAAAUGGAAUUCAUUUCUCUCUU